AUGGCUGCUGUCAAGGCUUACGAAUUGCGCACCAAGAACAAGGCUGAGCUCACCAAGCAGCUCGAGGAGCUCAAGCAGGAGCUUGCCAGCCUUAAGGUCCAGAAGGUUGCCGGCGGUUCCGCCAGCAAGUUGACCAAGAUCUCCACCGUCCGCAAGUCCAUUGCUCGCGUCAUGACUGUCAUCACCCAGACCCAGCGUGCUCAGCUCCGCCUCUUCUACCAGAAGAAGAACUUCCUUCCCUUGGACCUCCGUGUCAAGAAGACCCGCGCCAUCCGCCGCCGUCUUACCAAGCACGAGGCUGCCCGCAAGACUGUGAAGCAGCAGAAGAAGGAGACCCACUUCCCUCUCCGCAAGUACGCCAUCAAGGCUUAA